AUGGACAGCAGCAGAAAGAAGUUGAGCUUCAAUUGGCUACAAACCGCAGUCACCUCACCGACACAUCUUCAGAGGAGAAGUGCUGGCUCAGACACACCCUCACGCUGGAAUAUGUCGCCGGAUGAAGGUUCAACCCCUGUGUCCAUCAGUGACUCUCCAGGGCCUGAGGGCCUUGGAGCACUAAGUCUGGACACUCCCAAGCGAAAAGCAGAGGUGCUUGGUGAAAGCACACCCUCUUUAGGCAAAGCUAAACUAAGGAAGCUUUCCAGGAAAAAUUAUGAGACAUUCAAAACUUCAAAGCAAAAACCUGCAGACAAAUCAUCCAAGCAGCUGGAAACUACAGAGAGCCAGCAAGUAUCACCACCUCCAUCUCACUCUUUCAUCUUGAAAAAGAAAGAGAGGACACCAGAGGAGGGAUCAAAGGUUAUCUACAAGAUGGCAGUGAUUGCUGCUAUUGGCAGCACAAAUGCAAGACGCAGCACUUCUAACAUCCCCAGGACUGACACUAGCAGCCUGUCUUUGCCACUUGUAUCGUCACCUGUUGAGACUGAAAUGCCCAGUGUAGCAUCACUUGACAGAACUGUCAUGAACAUUAACUGCUCCUCUAUCAUAUCUGAGAAUAAAUCCAAAGACAACAGUACUGUCCAAGAAGAUCAGUGGUCUCCCCCUCAGCUGUUUGAAGACACAGACAUCCCAGGUGACAGUUCUGAGCCAAAAACAGAUGGAAGGAGAGUUGUGCUUAAAGGAGAGGAUUCACCUAAUGCACAGGACUCUGUGUCUGUAGAGACAGCUUCUCAAGAUAGGCUGUCUGAUCAAGAAAAUGAGCCAGAAGCUGAGGACUGUGACUCAUCCCUCCCUGCUCUGGAGCAUACCCCAGAUUCUUUGCCCUGUUUUACGACCCAUCAGAAAGGCUCUUCGGACAGCCAUCAAUACCAGAGUCCUUCAGUGAAUCCCCAGGGAGCCACAAUGUCCUCUCUCUCAUUUAUGUCCAGUAAUGAAACCACUGAAGCCGCCAAUGAAGUUGCUGAGGACAUGGAGGUGCCUUUCUCACCAUCACAGAGGAAAGUUUUUGUCUCAUCCAAGCGGCCCCAAACACCAAACCCUUGUCCUUCAAAGGCAUCCAGGGCUGAGACUGAGGAUUGUUGCUCCUCCAAGUUUAUGGCAUAUUUAUCAGAUCCCUUUGCUCUGCCACUACGCUCAAAUAGAGGAGUAUCGAAUCCUUGCUUGAACUCAAAAACCACACGCAGGCAGUCAGAUGCUGGCACUAACAUCCAUUACCCCCCUUACUCUUUCACUCAUGGUGGCACUCCUAAGAGAAGAUUUUCCCUGGGGGCAGAACCCACGUGGAGCAGUUACUCCUACGGGGAUGAUCAGGUUGGUUUCAUAGACACACACUGCCACAUAGACAUGCUUUACGGAAAACUUGGCUUCCGUGGGACAUUCAGAAGUUUUCGACGACUGUACCAGAGCAGCUUUUCUUCAGAUUUUCGAGGCUGUAUUGCCGACUUCUGCAACCCAGGGAUCAUGGUGAAGGAGGCCCUGUGGGAAGGUUUGCUUACUGAAGACAUGGUAUGGGGAGCAUUUGGGUGCCAUCCCCACUUUGCCAAAGAGUACUCAAAUGUCCAUGAACGCAGCAUACUAAUGGCCAUGCGACAUCCGAAAGCUGUGGCAUUUGGUGAGAUAGGGCUGGACUACUCACACAAAAACUCAACUAACGCCUCCAGGCAAAAAGAGGUGUUUGAGCGUCAGCUGCGUUUAGCCGUGGCCAUGCAGAAGCCUCUGGUGAUCCAUUGUAGGGACGCGGAUGAUGACCUAUUGGCAAUCAUGAAGAAGUGUGUUCCUAGGGAGUACAAAAUUCACAGGCACUGUUUCACAAACAGUUAUCCAGUGAUUGAGCCCUUCUUGACAGAGUUCCCCAACUUGUAUGUGGGCUUCACAGCCUUGAUCACCUACUUCAGGGCCACCGAGGCCCGAGAUGCUGUCCGCCGGAUCCCUCUUAACCGCAUAGUGCUGGAGACAGAUGCACCUUAUUUCCUGCCAAGACAGGUGAGUAAAGAUGUCUGCCGGUUUUCACAUCCUGGAAUGGGCAUCCAUACUCUGCAGGAGCUGAGCCUGCUGAAGGGUGAAGACAUGGCCACGGUCCUCACCACGGUCCGAAACAACACCACUCAACUCUAUGGAAUCUGA